CAGCCACACAGGCUAUUCCACACAAAAAUACAAUCCAUGGACAUGAUUCUCCACGCGCCGUAUUGACGCAUACUACUCCAUGAAGGCGAGCUUUGAGUGUUAAGUACCAUUGGACAAGGGGCAUAAGCUUGUUCACAGCAAGUAGAAGCAGGAACCAAGCAACAAACGCAAUGGUACCUCGCCUGCUCCAACUCUUUCUGCUCCUCCUGAGCAUAUCAUCUGCUCAAGCGCAAGUGAACAUCAGCCGGGGAUCCUCUUUGACACCCCAGGGGCCAAACACCUCGUGGCUCUCACCCUCCGGCGACUUCGCGUUCGGUUUCCGGCAAGUAGAAGGUAACUCCAACUACCUCCUGGCCGUUUGGUUCAGCAAUAUCACUGAAAAGACCGUGGCUUGGUACGCCAAGAGCAGCUCGGACGGGCAUGACGCACCUGUGCAGGUGCCAUCCAGCUCUGUGCUGCAGCUCACUACUGAGGGGUUGCUCUCUCUUCGCGGCCCGUCUGGCGACGAGGUCUGGAGUGCCGGCGCCCCCAGCGCAGACUACGCCAGAAUGCUCGACACAGGGGACUUCAUGCUUGUCGAUGCAGAUGGCACAACAAAGUGGGAGACCUUCGACGUCCCGACUGAUACCAUCCUGCCCACGCAAGUACUCCCUGUGGGUGGUCUGGACAAGGUGCUCACAAGCCGUCUCCUCGACACGGACUACUCCAAUGGACGGUUUCUCUUAGCUGUGCAAGCUGAUGGUAAUCUUGUGAUGUAUCCAAUUGCCGAGCAUUCUACAUUUCGGUACACUUCAUACUGGGCAAGCGAUACCGUUGGGAAGGGCUCACAGUUGGUGUUCAAUGAAACCGGCAGGGUGUACUUUGCCUUGAAGAAUGGGACACAGAUCAAUAUCACCUCAUCAGAGGUGGACUCUAUGGCUGAUUUCUUCCAUCGUGCUACGCUUGAACCAGAUGGUGUAUUUCGGCAAUAUGUGUACCCAAAGAGCACAAAGGCCAAAGAAGGCAUAUGGAGAUCGCAAUGGAAUAUGGUAAGCUCAUUUCCCCAGAACAUCUGCCAGAGAGUAUCGGGGAGCGUGGGCAGUGGUGCAUGCGGCUUCAACAGCUACUGCACCUUUGACGGCACCAAGAAUCAGACAAGCUGCCAGUGCCCAAAAAAUUACAAAUUCUUCGACAACGAGAGGACGUACAAAGGGUGCAAGCCUGACUUUGUACCACAAAGCUGUGACCUUGAUGAGGCAGCAGCAGUAUCGCAGUUUGAGAUGACGCCGAUCAAUGGUGUUGAUUGGCCUCAAUCUGACUAUGAGCAGUACAGCCCCAUAGACGAGAAUGAGUGCCGGAGGCUGUGUGUGGUUGAUUGCUUCUGCGCCACAGCCGUCUUUGAUGAAAGAACCAAAACCUGCUGGAAGAAAAAGCUCCCUUUAUCAAAUGGGAAUAUGGCAGACAGUAUCCAGAGGACGGUUCUCAUCAAGGUGCCUAAGAACAAAAAUACAGAGUCCCAGCUCAGCUUAGGCUCUAGCAAAUGGAAGGACAGGAAGUAUUGGAUUCUUGGGAGUUCCUUGUUUCUUGGGAGUUCUGUAUUGGUCAACAUUCUCCUUACCUCCAUUCUUCUCUUUGGCACUUACUGUGGUCUCACGAUCAACUCCAAGAAGAAACUCCAGUCAUCACAAUCAUCAGGUAGUUCCUUGGUGCCCCCGAAGAUUUUCACUUUGAAUGAGCUGGAGAAGGCAACCACUGGUUUCCGUGAGGUGCUAGGCAGCGGUGCCUCCGGUACCGUGUACAAAGGGCAGCUGCAAGAUGACCAUGCAACCAGCAUUGCCGUCAAGAAAAUUGAAAAGCUCCAGCAAGAGAGCGAGAAGGAGUUCAUGGUGGAAGUGCAAACCAUCGGGCAGACGUUUCACAAGAAUUUGGUCAGGCUGCUUGGGUUCUGCAAUGAGGGAACUGAUAGACUGUUGGUGUACGAAUUCAUGUCAAAUGGCUCACUGAAAGAAUUUCUCUUCAGUGAUACUCAGCCGCAUUGGAGCCUCCGUGUCCAAGUGGCACUCGGAGUAGCAAGAGGACUGCUCUACUUGCACGAGGAGUGUAGCGCACAGAUUAUCCAUUGUGACAUAAAGCCACAGAACAUCCUUCUCGAUGAAAACUUUAUGGCGAAGAUUGCAGACUUUGGCCUCGCAAAGCUUCUUCGAGCUAAUCAGACACAAACAAAUACCGGCAUACGGGGCACACGAGGAUACGUUGCCCCAGAGUGGUUCAAGAACAUAGGGAUCACUUCCAAAGUCGAUGUGUACAGCUUUGGGGUGAUCCUGCUCGAGCUUGUUUGUUGCCGGAGGAAUGUGGAGUUAGAGAUCGCUGACGAAGAGCAAGCGAUACUAACUUACUGGGCAAAUGACUGUUAUAGGUGUGGGAGGAUGGACUUGCUGGUGGACGGCGAUGAAGAGGCGAACUUCAACAUACAAAAAGUCGAGCGCUUUGUGGCUGUAGCACUCUGGUGCCUCCAGGAGGAACCAACGAUGCGGCCAACCAUGCUUAAAGUGACACAAAUGCUUGAUGGGGCUGUCCAAAUCCCCACGCCACCAGAUCCCUCCUCCUUCAUCAGUGCCCUUCAGUAGUGUCCUGCUUGCCAACAAAUAAACUGUAGUAUGAAGCAAGAUUAUGUCAUAUACUGAUGAUAUAAUAUAGCUGUAUAUUGUACUUUGAAGAAUAAUGGUGACAUUGUAUUUCACGUGCUUUACGUCUAGCUGCAACAAAUAGCAUCGCUAGUGCAUCUGUAUUAUUUGUUUGAAUCAAUUUUAGUCAAAUUUUGUCUACUA